AUGAAACCCUCAGUCAGCCUUGCUUUGACGCUGGCCGCCGCCGCCGCAGCCACCGUUAAGGGGCAUAUCGCCGCUUGGGCGGAUGGCAUGUACCGUCGGGAAUGUUGUCGAGAGCUGUCUCCCUUUCCAGCGGGCCAGUUCCUCAACUUACCCGCCUGGGGCAAGUCCACCAACUACACCACUGCGGCCGGGAUGGCAUCCGCCGUCAGCUACCAAUCGGAUAUCAAGAAGGUGACGAUGGAGAACCUCGUCGUCUUUUCGGUUGUCGAGCAGUACAUCGACCUUUCUGAUGCCAAACCUCAGCAACUGACAAUCAGCGAACGCAGUACUCCGUGGAAACGCGUGACUUCAUACCACGUUCCCUUCUUGCCCGGUGCCCUGUGGGUGGUGACUACUGCGCCUGGCUCUGGGUUCCAAAUGGCUGCAAGGAAACCCUCGCUUGUGACCUGUCUUGGCGUACUUGCCUGA